CUUGAUCUCGGAUUUUAUUCUUCUUAGUCUUAAUCUUUCUUUAUUUCCCUUGUGAUCAUGCAUGAGCUACUUCUCUUCGCCUCCGUCCCAGCCCAUCAGCACCAUGAGCUCCUCCAACAGCUGGCCGGCUUGACAGCCAUGCAACCGCAUCACCGCUUGGAGAGACGGCUGGUCUUCAAGGCCUAUCGCAAGCCAGGCCUUGUCACCACCCGUGUGGGAGCCAGUCAGGAUGUGCAGGGCGCCGACCUGCAACGUUUGAACAAGAUGUUGAAUGGGGGCAUGUACUACACCCAGGUCGUUGGCCCUGUGACCAAGGCGGAUUUUGGCGCGACCUCUUCGUCAGCCAUGUCAGCCUCCCAUGAUGCAGAUGUGUCUAUGUCUGGAACCGACCAGUCCUCCUACUGCUACGAAAACCAACCCUGGAAGCUGGAGUUCAGAGACAUUCCCGAGGCCGGGACUCGAUCGGCUGUGACCACUCGCUUGAUGGCAAGUGCAAGCUUGCCUAAAGGUGAUAUUGCAGUUCCCAUGAAUGCCUGGGGCUAUAGUUUUGUUACCGAGUACAUGGUAGAAGGAGAUGUCUUCGUCCAGAAUGAUAUCGUCAUCUUCCUCCAUCGCGUCUUGCUGUAUCCCCAGGCGGAGUCGCAGGACUUACAUGGCCCUCGACGGCAGCUACCUGCUUAUCACGAGCUCACCCCGCUCGAGCGAACUGGUAGUUACGUCCUGCAAGCCGCAAUUACUGUCCAGGACGGAAGCAACCAGGAAAUGAUGAAGACGGCUUCUCAGCAUCUGUUCGGGCUUCGAGAGCAACUCAAGUCGGCUGUGCGGCUCGAACAAGCAGAUAGGCUGUCUCUGGAUACCCGAGCGAAGUAACUGAUGCAUUCUGGCGUUUGCUUCUUUCGCAAUGUUUUAUACCCCCGGAGCUAUGUUGGCUCUCUGUUCCUGUGGUUUAGCUCUAUUAUCAAUGUACAUCCG